ACUGGACAUCGCAUGCGCGAUCUCUUUGCUAUCAUCCUGCUCCACUGCAACCCUACAAGCCCCGAUGACCUUUGGAACGGCUUCAAGGAAAAUCUCUGUGAUGAUCUGCGCCACCGCCUCACUCAUGUUCCAUUCAACAUUCCUGACCCUACAGAGGAAGAGAUCCAUGACUUUGGUCUCUAU